AGGACAUGCAUUUCUUAAGUACUAAUUUCUCAUUCAACGUGCCGGUGUCGCUUAGAGGAUCGAUGAUCUAUUUGUGUCGUCCCUUGCCAUACCGUCUGCCCAGCUAUCCCGCUCUGAGUAAAUACGUGCUAUCUUGCCCGGUCAAUCCUCCUCCGUUUGCCAACUCUACAGGUUUGCAACUGCGUCCACAGAAGCAAUUUCAUCUUCCCUUCCACUCUUCCAUGGAAGCACCUCCAGCGGGCUACCGAAAGAACGUUGGCAUAUGUCUCAUAAAUUCGUCUAAGAAGAUCUUUUCAGCUUCACGGCUUGAUAUCCCUGAUGCUUGGCAAAUGCCUCAGGGCGGUGUUGAUGAAGGAGAAGACCCCAGGGAUGCUGCAAUUAGAGAACUAAUGGAAGAAACUGGAGUUUCAUCUGCAGAGAUCCUUGCAGAGGUUCCUUAUUGGUUGACCUAUGAUUUUCCUCCUGAAGUUAGAGAGAAAUUGAAUAAGCAAUGGGGAUCAGAUUGGAAAGGUCAAGCACAGAAGUGGUUCUGUUUUAGAUUCGUUGGGAGGGAGGAGGAGAUAAAUCUUAGCGGGAAUGGGACUGAGAAGCCAGAGUUCGGUGAAUGGUCAUGGAUGACUCCACAACAAGUGAUUGAACUACUUCUGGUGAUACAUUGUUAUAUUCAACUUUUUCACCUGUAACGAUGCUGUAUCAUCAAAGGCUGCUCUCAUUAAUUGAGCUUCUACUUUGAAGGGUGAUGCACAGCCUAUUUCGGCUUCAAUUUUAAGGGGUGUCUGUCAACUUUGGGUUGCUCAUUAAAGGGUGCGCCAUCUACUCAUAAGGGGUGAUUUGUCCAUCUCUUUUGUUUCCACUCUUAAGGAGUGGUUUGUCAUUGGCGACUUCCAUCAUAACAAGUGAUAUAAGCUUGCAUUAGUUUGAA